AGCCCAGCCUGACUUUGGACCGGCCCCGUUUUGAGCCGAGGUGCGCACAGAGAUCCCUUCCACGGAAAACCUCCUUCGUUUCUCUGGAUACKCUAACAAUCUGGGUGCAGAUGUCACCCAGCUGGGAAUGUGGAGUGGCAUCGCACAGACCUUCUGGUGAAGGCGGGCCGCACUCAGCUCUCCGAGCCCUGGUGAAGCGUUGCUGGGGACAGCGGCGGGCCCGUCGCAGCGGUGGCUCCGCGCCGCGCCCCGACAGCCGGGCCCGCCCCCGUUCCCAUGGCAGCGGCCAGCCCUCACCGAGCGGCCGCCGCGGGAAGCGGCCAGCGGAGCCUGCACCGGGAGGAUGGACGACGAGGAGCUGGAGGACGAAAGGGAAGAGGAGGACGAGAGGGAGGACGAUGAGGAGAAGGAGAAGGAGGAGAAAGAAGAGGAGCCGGUUCCCUGUCCCCUGACCGAGGAAAUCCUCCAGGAGGGCCUCUCUCUCCUCAGUAAGACCGGCAACGGACUGCGCCACGCAUAUGUGAAGUUUGAAGCCAAAGAAAAGGGCCUGACUGACAUCAGCCUCCUCGAACGCUUCAUUCAUCUGCGAUAUGUGGAUUUGUCAAAUAACAAGCUGCGAGAUUUGUCCCCACUSAGCAGCCUAACCCAGCUGCUUUGGCUGAAGGUGGAUGGGAAUCUGCUCACCAGUGCCAGAAUGCAGGAGCUGCCCUACCUCCAGGUCAUGAGCUUUGAUCGCAACAACAUCAUGGAUUUGGAGGGCAUUACUCACCCCCUCCUAACCAACCUCAGCCUGAAAGAAAAUAAAAUCGAGACAGUGCUGGGCCUCAGUCAUGACCAGUUGUUCAGCCUGAAAGUCCUGGAGCUGCGAGGAAACAAGCUAAAGACCACAGCAGGGCUCGGUGUUUUCAAGCUCAAGAAGCUCUUUCUGGCCCAAAACACCAUUGGAAGCCUUGAAGGCCUUGAGGAGUUUGAGCAGCUGGAGACUCUGCACCUGCGUGGCAACAAACUUGAGGUCCUGGAUGGAUUCUCUGUUAGCAUGAGGUGUCUGCAGUACCUCAAUCUACGGAGCAAUGGGAUCCGUAGCUUUGAGGAGGUGGAAAAACUGCAGGUUCUCCCCAUGCUGCAGGAAUUGGUGCUGUUGGARAAUCCAUGUGGUGAAGAUCCCAAUUACCGGCUGGAGGUCCUGAUCCGGCUGCCACAGCUGCUACGCCUYGACAAGGAAUUAAUCGAGGAAGACGAGCUGGAAGAGGCAGAGAAACUGCAUCAGACAAGGCAGGAAAGCGAAAUGGAAAUGGAAGGAUCUCUUGAGGAUGGAGAGAUUGAGUGACCCGUUUUUAACACCUGUUCCCAGAGGCUGUCAAGAUGUGGAGAUGCCUUCCCCCAUAAGUGAGGCUGGGAAAGUGAGAGCUGUAGGUACCAGCUUCACCUCAUCUUACCUCUGGAGACAAGAGAAGAGCUACCCAUCCUGGUCCUGUAAGCUKCCCUGAGGCACUGCAGUGUUUUUGCAGUCACUGCACUGAUGUGUUCUAUUCUCAGUAGGCCUGAGAGGGGAAAGGGGAGAGUUACAGGUUCUGUGCUUUGAUUUAUGACUCCCAAAAAUCCUGCAAGAUUUUCUGAUUUGAAUAAAAAUAAUUAAUG